AUGUAUGCGUACAAUAAGCCCAUCAAGGCCAUGGAGCCUCCCCAUGUCACGGUAAUUGCCACCCUGCUGUGCUUGAGCUACGUCGCGGCGCCGUCUGCUGGCGCGGGGCAAUGCGACUACUACAUUGGCGUCGACGUGGGCACAGGCUCCGCCCGAGCCUGCAUCAUAGACGAGACGGGCGACAUCAAGGCAUUGGCCUCGGAAAACAUCAAGCUGUGGCAGCCCGAGACCGGCUACUACGAGCAAUCGACGACAGACAUUUGGCAAUGCAUCUGCGAGUGUGUGCGCCGCGUCGUCAGCGAGUCCAACGUCGACCCUUCUCGCAUCAAGGGCAUCGGCUUCGAUGCCACAUGCUCCCUAGCUGUCUUCACCGAGGACACUGACGAGCCCCAACCCGUUACCGGGCCGGACUUUGCGAACGAUGGACACGACCGCAACGUCAUUCUCUGGCUGGACCAUCGUCCCGUCGAGGAGACGGAGAAAAUCAAUGCCACCAGGCAUAAGCUCCUCAAAUAUGUCGGCGGCAAGAUGAGCAUUGAGAUGGAGAUCCCCAAGGUCCUCUGGCUCAAGAACAACAUGCCGCCGGAGCUCUUCGCGCGCUGCAAGUUCUACGACCUGGGUGAUGCCCUUACUCACUUAGCUACGGGCAACGAGGCGCGCAGCUUCUGCAGCACCGUAUGCAAGCAGGGCUACGUGCCCGUUGGUGUCGACGGCAGCGAGAAGGGCUGGCAGGAAGACUUUUUUGAGACCAUUGGUCUUGGCGACCUGACCAAGGACAAUUUCAGGAGGAUGGGUGGCGUCAAUGGUGUAAACGGUUCUUACUUUAGCGCUGGUGAGAGCGUCGGCACCCUUAGUCGCCAGGCUGCCUACCAGCUCGGCCUGCCCAUGGGCAUCGCCGUCGGUAGCGGCGUCAUUGAUGCGUAUGCUGGCUGGAUUGGCACCGUUGGCGCUAAGGUCGACCUCGGUGACGACGAGCUCAACGCCAACGUUCCGCACAACGACUUGUCGCAAGCGUUUACCCGACUGGCCGCCGUUGCGGGCACCUCGACUUGCCAUUUGGCCAUGUCCAAGGACCCCGUCUUCGUUCCUGGCGUUUGGGGCCCGUAUCGUGACGUGCUUCUGCCGGACUACUGGCUGGCCGAGGGAGGGCAGUCAGCCACGGGCGAGCUUCUGCGACACAUCCUCGACAUCCACCCGGCGUACAAUGAGACGUGCGCGCUGGCCAAGGCCGAGGACAAGCACAUCUACGACUUCCUCAACGCGCACCUCGAGUACAUGGUUGAGAAGCAGAAUGCGCCGGGCAUCCCCUACCUGGCCCGCCACCUCUUCUUCUACGGCGACCUCUGGGGCAACCGGUCACCCAUUGCCGAUCCCAACAUGAAGGGUUCCAUGAUUGGCAUCGACAGCGACAAGAGCACCGACAACAUGGCCCUGUGGUACUACGCCACCAUGGAGUUCAUCGCCAUGCAGACGCGGCAGAUCAUCGAGCAGAUGAACAAGUCUGGGCACGAGAUCUCGUCCAUCUUCAUGUCGGGCUCGCAGUGCCAGAACCCGGUGCUGAUGAGCCUCAUGGCCACCACGUGCAGCAUGCCCGUGCUGAUCCCGCGGUACGUGCACGCCGCCGUCGUGCACGGCGCGGCCAUGCUCGGCGCCAAGGCGGCGAGCCACAACGCCGACGACGGCUCGGAGCCCGAGACGCUCUGGAGCAUCAUGGACCGCAUGAGCAAGCGCGGGCGGCUGGUCGAGCCCAACAACGACGCGGGCGAGAAGGCGCUGCUGGACGCAAAGUACGAGGUCUUCCUCGAGAUGUGCAACUCGCAGCAGGCGUACCGCAAGCGCGUGGACAAGGCGCUCGAGAAGUGGGUGUCGGAGUUUGGCGGCGACGAGUAG